AUGGAUGCAAUCUCAGACGACAUUGUGGUGGACAUAUUUGCAAGAUUACCAGCAAGGUCUGUAUGCGCAUUGAGGUGUGUAUGCAAGUCUUGGUUAAAUAUUAUAACUCAUCCUUAUUUUGUUAAGAUUCAUCAUGAUUAUGCAAUUCACAAAAACAAAUCCAGUCUCCUGCUUAUAAAUUAUUUAGAUAAACGUAUUUACUCAGUAGUAGAUUACGAAGCCUCAUCACCUGCAAAUCUAGGUACAGCUGCAGCAUUCGUAAUAGAUUACCCUUUCAAAUCACCAGAUUAUGGAGUGCAGUUUUGGGCUACUUGUAAUGGUUUGUUCUGCAUGGCUACUGGUAAAGACAUUAUAUGCAUUUGGAAUCCAUCUAUACAAGAGUAUAAGAAAAUUGAACUAAUGAACACCUCCGUAAAUGAGGAAUACGCAUUGAGUGGCACAUUUAGAUAUGGGUUGGGUUAUGAUUCUAAUAUUGGUGAUUACAAGUUGGUUAGAAUUCUUGGUUAUUCUGAUAAUGCAGUUACUCCUAGGUGGAUUUUGAAACUUAGGGAUCCAAUUUAUAGAGAUGAUAGGUGUGGAGUCGAGGUUUACACUUAG